AUGUCUGGUUCACGAAUCACCAUCACUGACAAUUGGAUUAUCAGUUUGCUGGACGUUUUGGAUUUCUUCUGUCGACGUCUUCUGCUGGUAUCCCGGUGCGCUAGCUGUUUCCCUUUCGUCCGAGAGUCUGGAUGAGUUGUUUUUCUUGAGAUCUAACGUAACGAGUCUUAUCGGUAUUUCUAUUUGGCCAGAUGGUAAUAAGUCUUCUAAGUUUCAUCGAGUUCGAGGGCAAAGUUUUUCAUCAAAAUUGAUCGGAUUUCAAGAGAUCGCAAAGUUCCACUUACAGGGUUUACCGAUAAUCAGAACGUCGUGUGUAUUGUCUAUUCCGGUUCCAGGGUUCCGGCCUUACAGAGCUUGGGAUUAGAUAUUUUUCAGAGCUGCUUGCUGAAUGGCGUCAGUAUUGAUAUUCAGUGGAUUGCGCCAGAGAUCUCAUAGUGCUGACGAUCACAUAAGCAAGUUUGCCGAUCAUGAUGACUACGCUAUCAACGACAUAGUUUUCAAUGCCCUGGACGACCUGUGGGGUCUGCAUACCUGCGAUGGGUUCGCUUGCCCUUUUAACGCAAAAGUUCAGUGCUUCAAUUCCAGAUUUUGUUAACCCGGUUUGAGCGGCGUCAAGGCAUUUUCCCACGAUUGGCGUCAAAAUAACAGCUGGCUGUUUCCCCCGGUUUACCUAGGCUGUAAGGUUAUCAAGCACAUGAAGCUUUACCGUGCCAAGGGAUCUCUCAUCGUUCCAGUUUGGAAGUCGGCCCAUUUCUGGCCACUGAUUUGUUCUGAUGGGGUCCCCUGGAGUAACUUCAUUCAUGAUUGGGUUACUCUGCCUAAUUUCCCGAAUUUAUUCAUUGCAUAUAAAGCCUUGAUUUCUAUUUUUGGGUGUAUGCCUCUGUCGUUUCUUUCAGUGGCUCUGGGUAUAGACUUUAGCAUGCCUUUUAGUGUAGGUUUCGAGUCUUCGCAGGUCACCUUAAUCGUUCCUGGAGAGUUUUGGGCCAGUUCAACUAUUUUUUUCUAUGAAUUUAUUUUUUGUUGAUUUAUUCAAGCGAGUAUAUUUUUCCCGGUUUACAUCCUUUUUUUUCCUUGAGGGGACCUUGUUCACUGGGGUAUUUACGUUAUGUCAUACUAUUUGUUAAUGGUCAUACGUUGCCCUAGAUGGGCGCCCUCGAUGGGUUUGUUAUUAGGCCCUUGAUAUAUAAAUAUAUGCUUGAUGAAGCUGUUGGAAUUUAACAUUUUUGAGCUAUUUUGAAAAAAUAGCUCAUAUGUCAGUGGUGUGAGCGUAUGUAUCUUUGUGGCUUUGUAACUUUGUAUGUUCGGAUGUUUGUUGCAAGAGCCAAUAAGGUUGAAGGUACUAUUAGUUGAUGCUUAGGAACCAAUGAGAUCUUAGUAUCUACUUAAACAUGACAUUGGUAAAGGUCGAACAAGGGCACUUUGAGACCGCCAUCUUGAUUCUUCACAAUUUUUUCGUCUUUUAUUACGGCUACAGGUGUUUGGAAGAAUUACAUUAAAUAUCUUCAUGAUUCAAACGCUGUGUACAGUGAUGCAGCAGGUUAAAGGGUUCAUAUUUUAGUAUGGAUGCUGCUUCAAGGCAUUUCUGACCUAAUUCGGCUAUCGGUACAACGCACGUCAGUAUGAGUUCUGUUUCACCCGCUACAACAGGGUAGAGUAUAAAAGAUCAUAUAUUUUCAAAGCUCUUCCAAUGAAGCAAUAAUUGAUAUUUAGAUAUGGACUUUAAUUCGAAAGUAUGCGCCCUAUAAACUGUGGUUUUAGAAGUUUAAAAAGGCAGCUUAUUUUUGUGAAAGCUGUACCAAGUAUUGUUAAUCCUGUAAACAAGCUUUAAAAAUAUCAUUCUCUCGCUUACAAAGUUCAACAGACCUUUUUCGUCCUGGCAAAACAAAAAAAAAAGAAUAAUAAGUGAACAACAUAACACAUCCUUCCUGCAUACUAAGUAUUAUAGUUUCUGAAACCUAUUUUAUUUAGUAAAGAUGAGUAACUUAAGUAGAAACAGUAGCGUUAGGGAAUAAAAUUGGAAGAAGCUAGUUGACACAAAAUUAGAUACUGUUGUAUUGAGUAGAGUAACAUGAUACAAGUAGAAAUAUAUUUCGGCAGUUUGAUAAUUUUCUUGGUAGUUAAUAAAUGUUAGGCUAUCAACCUUGACGUUGCAUGAAACAUAAUUUAAUUGCAGGUGUUGUAAUAAAGCCGAGGUGAUUUCUUAAAAUCGCUUGAGAAAAUUCUGUAGUGAAACAAUUUGCCUUUUUUUACGUACGAAUUGUAAAAGGGCCAAAGACCAACAUUUUCACGUGGAAAUUGUGUGCAUGAGUUAUUUUUAUAAUUCUGUUUACUAGAUUACUGUGUGAUAACUCGAAUUCCCUCACGUACGAACCACGAAAGGGAGCAAAGUCCAACACUUUCACGUGCCAGCUGUGUGACUGUACAUCUCAUGCAGAUUGGCUUUUCACAAUGAUAAAUAGUAACUUGAACGUAUGAAGACCUGUUUCGUUUUGUAACCAAUGCCUUAAAAGAGGCUCUUGUCUUUUAAGAAGCAAUAGCUUUUAAAACAUGAAGAAAUAAGUUGUCAGAGUCAAAGACUGUUUCACUGAGUAAAAUCGCACGUGAAAACCUCGUCCAUUAUGAUGAUGCAACCAUCUACCACAAUGAGAAAAAUCCUGGUAUUUCGUAACUAUUCAGUAUUCGAUGAGUCACAUUUUGGCUUAAGAAACUCCGCGGAAACCUUAGAGUUUUCCUUCUAAUCAACGUUUGGUGAGUAGAAAUUUAUUUUACUUCAACAAUUUGUUUAACUUGCACCAGAUGUAACAGGGAAAGACAGAGGAAAGUGAAUAUAUAGGUUGAGGAUCGACUCAGCUGAGCGUUUCGCGUUUUCAUUUAUGUAGCGCAAUACCCAAUUUGGCACAAAAACCAAAUCUUCAUUUAGGAUGAAAAAGGUAGAUUCAUCACUCUUGGUAAGGUUACACCGAAGUAUUAUAGUUACACUGAAGCAUUCAAAAUAGCUCAUGCACGUUUAACGUGCCUAUGUUAUAUUGUUCGUGACUGUGGAGAUUGGUUUAUUUACCCUAGCUGGGUUCUAUUUGCUUUUCGUCGCCCCUGUUAGGCUGAAUGUUAUCACGGUAGAGUUUUCCCUCACUCUUUUCCGCGUAGGGGUAAGGCCUGUUCGUCGGGGGAUCCCGUUUAGUUCUUCUAAUGACCGUUUUAUGGACCUUUUUUGUUCUAUGUACUGUUCCCCAUUUUCUCUGAAAUGUUCCUUCGUGUUAUGGAGUUGAUGCUGUCGACUUCUUUUCGUCUGAUCACCUGUUCCUCCCUUUUUAUCCUUAGAUAUCUUCUCCGUUUUUUGGUCUUCAGAAAGCUCCGACGAUUCCCAAGUCAUCAAGCUGAAGGAGGGACUUACGCUUACCGUCCUCGCUUCAAAGGCGUCUGGGACAUCGGGAAACUACCCAAGGGCCUUCAACAGAUGGAGGAAGUUGUGUUCUUGGGCCUCCCUGAUUUUUCUGUCCGCCCUUUGGACGGCGCCCUAUACUUGCAGUUUCUUCUAGAGUCAUCUAACUCAGUGUCUGCCAUUAAUUGCGCGUUUUACGCUUUCAAGUGCGUGUAUAAGGUCGCGGGCUUAGAAUCUCCUACCCUUCAUCCCACCAUCAUUGCUGCGAAGAAGGGAGCUCUUCGCUUUGUUAGUCAGUCAGCAUCUCAUAGGAAGGGAACUCUCCAAGUGGCCCAUCUCAAGCAACUCGCUGAUAGGGCUGACUUUGACAAUCUUUUGGAAUUAAGAAGCUUAGUUAUGCUUGUUCUUGCUUUUUCUAGUUUUCCAAGAAGUUCAGAGUUGUGUCUUAUGCGCAGUAAGAACGUUCAGUUCUCUUCAGGUUACAUUACUAUCUUUAUCGAGAAAAACAAAACUAACCAAUUAAGAGAGUGCAGGUCUGUUAUCAUCGCUGAAACCCAUUGCAGUACAUGCCCUUGUGCUCUUGUACGAGCGUACAUGAGGAAGGCACAGAUAGUCAAGAAUUCUGACGAGUUUCUUUUUCGUCCUAUUACGUCUUCGAGAAAUCAUAAGCGUUUAGUCUCGUUUAGCAAGCCUAUCAGUUACUCGGUUUACAGGGAUUCAUUUAAAACGUCUUUUUCAGAUAUUGUGCCUAACAUUUCCAAUUUUAGUACCCAUUCCGCGAGAUCUGGAUCAGCUACUUUGGCCGCCAAUUCAGGUGUUUGUGAAGAGAAUAUUCAGCGUCACGAUCGCUGGGCUUCCGUAGAAGUUAAAAAUAUUUACGUUUAA